AUGCCUCCUCGUCGCGAUAACCAGAACAAUGCACAGAACCCCGAACUUGCUGCCAUGAUUGCCCAACAAAUGGCUGCAAUACUCCCAACACUUGUGGCCCAGCUCAAUCAGGCCAACGCAGGCAACAACAACAACAACGUGAAUGCACCUGCCCCUUGCUCAUUCAAGCAGUUCAAUUCUUGUAACCCCAUCAAGUACUCUGGGUCUGAGGGAGCCACAGGGCUCUUACAGUGGUUUGAAGGCAUUGAAAGCACCUUCCGCCAUUGUCAGUGUCCCAACAAUCGCAAGGUGGAGUUUGCCUCAAGUGUCUUUCAGAAGAGGGCACUCACAUGGUGGAAUGGGGUCAUGAGAGAUCGUGGUGCGAAUGUGGCUAUGGCUUUAACUUGGGAGGAACUUAGAGAUCUUAUGCGGAGGGAAUUCUGCCCACGAAAUGAAACGAGGGCCCUUGAAACUGAAUUUUAUGAGCUCACACAAGACAGUGGUGAGAAUCGUGCUUAUACCAACCGGUAUGAGGAGUUGAUCCUUCUUUGCCCAACUAUGGUUGAACCUUUAGAUCGUGCCAUCGAAAAAUAUAUCGAGGGCCUGCCCGCACUAAUCCAAGAUGUUGUCACUGGUAGCAAGCCCGCUACAGUCAGGGAAGCAAUUGAGCUAGCUGCGACCUUGACGGAUUCUCAUGUUAAGAAGGGAAAUUUGUUUCGUAAGGGAGGGAGAAAGGAACCUGCUAAGGUUGCUACUGAAACUCCAAAGGACGUCAAAAUUGGAGCUUCCUCCUCAAAUAGUUCUAAAAAGCGAAAGGCUUCGAAGAAUUAUGCAGUUGUUGCUCCGACCCAAGUUAACCAAGUAGCCCCACAACCCAACAAAAGGCAAUAUGUUGGAGGUUCGCCUUUGUGCAACCGUUGCAGCUAUCAUCAUCUAGCCCGUGUUCCUUGUAAGCAGUGCACUAGUUGUGGGCGGUUGGGUCAUUUAGCUACCACUUGCCGCAUCGUUCCUCCCCAGAACCAAGUUGUUGCUGCUCCUCCUCCUGCCCAAAAUGUUGCACCACCACGUUACCCUAUUGGAACUUGCUUUAACUGCGGUGAUCCUAACCAUUUUAAACGCGAAUGCCCCAAGCUUGCAAAUGCUCAACCAGCCCGUGGGCGCGCGUUCAACAUAAAUGCUAAUGAGGCGCGUGCUAUCAAUGAUGUGGUGAACGGUACGUUCCUCGUUAACGACCAUUAUGCUUCUGUGUUAUUUGAUACUGGUGCUGAUAAAAGUUUUGUAUCCCUUAAGUUUGAACCUCUACUUGCUAUGCCACGAACUAAACUAGGGAAGCCUUUUACAGUAGAAGUAGCUAAUGGUAACCCUUUUGUGCUUGACUCUGUUAUCUUUGUGUGUUUCGAUAAGUUUAUUCGCAUCCCUCUCCCAUCUGACGACAUCUUAGAAAUCUAUGGGGAGAAGCCUUCUAAUGGGCUUAAACUCAUGACUUGCACUCAAGCCCAGAAAUAUCUACGCAAGAAAUAUGUGGCUUUCUUAGCCCACAUUGUAGAAAAGAAGGACGAGAGUAAGAGUAUUCAAGAUAUUCCUAUUAUUCGUGAUUUUCCUGAAGUUUUCCCAGAAGAUCUACCAGGCCUACCUCCCACACGUCAAGUUGAGUUUCGCAUUGACCUCGUUCCUGGUGCUAACCCUAUUGCCAAGUCUCCUUAUCGUCUUGCACCCUCUGAAAUGCAAGAACUUGCCAGCCAACUUCAAGAACUUUCUGACAAGGGAUUUAUUCGUCCAAGUUUUUCUCCAUGGGGAGCUCCUGUCUUAUUUGUCAAGAAAAAAGAUGGGACUCUUCGUAUGUGCAUCGAUUAUCGUCAUAUAGUCAAUGAUAAGGGUAUUCAUGUGGACCCUUCCAAAAUUGAAGCGGUGAAGAACUGGAAUGUGCCCACUACUCCAACUGAAAUCCGUUCUUUUCUUGGUCUAGCCGGGUAUUAUUGA